AUGUUAUUUGCUAAGUUUACACUGUCGUCGGUUGGAGUGCCACAACCGGUGGAUGUCUUGUCAGACGAAGCGCCUUCAGAGCCAGUCUUGGAGGCGUCAUCAGUUCUCACUCAAUCAUCCCCUCCCACUGCCCCUACUGGUAUUCGAACGUUGACAGUCGAUGAGGUUUCACGAGGCUACGACGAAGAUGACGACGACGACUCGGACUUUGAAGACGAGACGAUCAUUGAACGAUUAAUCGGUCUUACCGAGAUGUUCCCCGAUUGGCUGCGCAAUGGCACUUCGGCCGCAUUUGAUCACUCAAUCAAGGUACUGAGUGGUGCGUACUCGUUGAGCCGCUCCAUUGCAUGGUUCGUAGCAAGUACCUCAACCAUCUGUCUGUUCCCUCUGAUGUUGGAACUGGAGAGAAACCAGAUGGAGGAGCAGGAGGCACUUGAACAUAGAUCGAUGAUGCUUGGUCCUGGUGGAGUUUCCAACGUGCCUAUGGGUCCUUCUGGCUUCCAGGUUAACGUCCCCAUCCUCGCCCCAGCUGCAAAGUAA